AUCGAGGAUAUUAUUUUGAUCGGGAUUGGUAUACCAUUAAACCGGAAGUUUGCAAAGCGAGUGGAGGAUUCCGGGGAAAGAGUGUGAUUUCUAAAACCAUGUCUGGUUCAAUAGAGAUCCCUCUUCGGGAUACCGAUGAGGUGAUUGAGUUGGAUCUGGAUCAGCUGCCUGAAGGAGAAGAAGUACUCAGUAUCCUCAGACAGGAAGUAGCACCGCUUCAUAUCUGGGUCACAUUGGCAUUGGAGUAUUACAAACAGAAUUAUGUCCAAGACUUUGUCAAGAUUCUGGAUGCCUCCAGAACAGAUGCGGGGUUGGACUACCCUAACUUUGAGCGAGAUCAGAUGCGAGCUCUGGACACCCUGGCUGCCUACUAUGUCCAGAAAGGCCAUAAAGAGAAGAAUAAAGAUAAGAAAAGGGAACUGUUCACACAGGCUACCUUACUGUACACAACAGCUGAUAGAAUCAUUAUGUACGACCAGAAUCACUUGCUGGGCCGUGCCUACUUUUGUCUUUUGGAAGGAGACAAAAUGGACCAGGCUGACGCACAGUUUAACUUCGUGUUGGGUCAGGCAAACAAUAAUAUCCCCUCACUGCUAGGAAAGGCCUGUAUUGCCUUCAAUAAGAAGGAUUAUCGUGGGGCCCUAGCCUACUACAAGAAGGCCCUGAAAACCAACCAUAACUGCCCCGCCUCGGUCCGGCUGGGUCUGGGUCACUGCUUUGUCAAACUUAAUCGCCAGGAAAAAGCCAGGAUGGCCUUUGAGCGAGCCUUACAGUUAGACCCACAGUGUGUGGGGGCAUUGAUUGGACUUGCUAUCCUAGAACUGAACUCCAAAACCCAGGAUUCUAUCAAGAAUGGUGUCCAGUUACUGUCCAAGGCAUAUACCAUAGACUCCACCAACCCCAUGAUUCUUAACCAUCUUGCCAACCACUUCUUCUACAAAAAGGAUUACCAAAAAGUACAACAUCUGGCCCUUCACUCUUUCCACAACACAGAGAACGAAGGCAUGAGAGCUGAAAGCUGCUACCAACUCGCUCGAGCCUUCCAUGUUCAGCAAGACUAUGACCAAGCCUUUCAGUAUUACUACCAGUCUACACAGUUUGCUCCUGCUAACUUUGUGCUGCCAUUCUUUGGUCUGGGUCAAAUGUACAUCUACAGAGGAGAUAAUGAAAAUGCAGCCACAUGCUUUGAGAAGGUGCUGAAGGCCCAGUCUGGGAAUUAUGAAACAAUGAAGAUCCUUGGUUCACUGUAUGCCAACUCAUCUGAUCCUGCUAAAAGAGACAUAGCCAAACAACACUUAAAGAAAGUGACAGAACAGUUCCCAGAUGAUGUAGAGGCAUGGAUAGAAUUGGCUCAAAUUCUGGAACAGCAAGAUGUACAGGGAGCCUUGUCAGCAUAUGGAACAGCCACCAGAAUCUUGAAAGAGAAAGUAGAAGCUGAUGUUCCUCCAGAAAUUCUGAACAAUGUGGCAGCUCUCCACUUUAGAUUGGGAAACCUACAGGAGGCCAGGAAAUGUUACGAGGCUUCGCUAGAAAGAUCUCGUAGUGAAGCUCAGCAUGACGAGACAUACUACAGUGCUAUCUCCGUGACGACAACCUAUAACCUGGCUAGGUUGUAUGAGGCCACACACGAGUAUGAUGAUGCCGAGCGACUGUACAAGAGCAUUCUUAGGGACCAUCCUAACUAUGUUGACUGUUACCUGAGAUUAGGAUGCAUGGCUCGAGACAGAGGUCAAAUUUACGAGGCAUCUGAUUGGUUCAAAGAAGCCUUGCAGAUUAAUCAGGAUCACCCAGAUGCUUGGUCCUUGAUUGGAAAUCUACAUUUAGCUAAGCAGGAGUGGGGACCCGGACAGAAGAAAUUUGAGCGUAUCAUCGGACGUCCUAACACAAAGGAUGAUGCCUACUCCCUGAUUGCCCUGGGUAAUGUGUGGCUACAGACUCUACAUACACCAAUGAGAGACAAAGACAAGGAAAAGCGUCACCAGGAGAGAGCCUUGGCUAUGUACAAACAAGUCCUCAGAAACGAUGAUCGCAACAUCUGGGCAGCGAAUGGGAUCGGCUGUGUGCUAGCUCACAAAGGCUGUAUCAACGAGGCGAGAGAUGUGUUUGCCCAGGUCCGAGAGGCUACUGCCGAUUUCUGUGACGUCUGGCUCAACAUUGCCCAUAUCUACGUGGAGCAGAGGCAAUACGUAGCUGCCGUGCAGAUGUACGAGAACUGCUUGAAGAAGUUCUUCAAAUACCAUAACACUGAGGUAAUGGUCUACCUAGCGAGAGCUUACUACAAAUGUGGACGCCUCAAGGAGUGCAAGAAUAUUCUACUCAAGGCCCGCCAUGUUUCCCCCAGUGACACAGUGCUGCUGUUUAACAUUGCUCUGGUACAACAGAAGCUGGCCACCUCUAUCCUGAAGGAUGAGAAGAGCAACCUGAAGACAGUACUGAGUGCUGUCAAAGACCUGGAACUGGCCAUCAAGUACUUCACCCAUCUUUCCACACAUGGAGACAGAAUGAAGUUUGAUUUGAACCAGGCAGCCUCUGAGGCUCGACAAUGCUCGGAUCUUCUGAGUCAGGCUCAGUACCACGUGGCUCGAGCUCGCAAGAUCGACGAAGCAGAGAGAGAGAUGAGAAAAAGGCAAGAAGAGGAAAGGGAGGCAAUCCGUCAAAAACUUAUGGCAGAACAGAUGGAGAAACAGAAAAUCAAGGAAGAAAUGGACAAGAAGUUGAUGGAGCAGAGAGCCAAGUUUGUGGAGAAAGCCAAAAAGAUCUCACUACUGGAGCCUGAAACUGAGGAGAAGCCGAGAAAAUCAGGAUCCAAGAAAAGUAAGAAGCAUGAUGAUGCUGAUGACUUUAUAUCGGAGGGCAGCAGUGAUGAGAGAUCUCUGCAGCAGAAGAAGAAGAAGAGGCGGGGAGGAUCGGACGGAGAGAACGACGACAGGGAGGGACGCAGGAAGAAGAAGAGACAAAGAACCAGGCGAGGGAGGGGAGAUCACUCCGAUGAAGAGAAGCAGUCCCGCGGAAAGAAGAGAAGUAAAGCCACAGAGAGGCUGACGGAGAAACAGAGACGUAAAAUCAGGUCCAAGGCCAUCAUCUCCUCCAGUGAGGACUCCGACUCUGACGGAGGAAAGAAACUUAAAAUCGCGGCAAGCAGUGGAAGUGAGGAUGAAGGUGCAGAAGGUGUUGGCAAAAGAAGGAGGAUAAUGUCGGACAGCGAAAGCGAUGCUGGCAGUAGAAAAUCUGGGUCAAGGUCAAGAUCUCGAAGCAGGUCAGGUUCAAGAAGCCCAUCUAGAAGUAGGUCUGGGUCAAGAAGAAGGUCAGGAAGUGAAUCUGGUGCCAGCAGAAAAUCAGGUUCCCGCUCCAGGUCAAGGUCAGGAUCUCGUUCCAGAUCAAGGUCACCAUCAGGAUCUAGGUCAAGAUCAAGGUCCGUAUCCAGAUCUCGAAGUAGGUCAAGGAGUGGAUCUCCAGCAAGAAGUGGGAGUGGAUCCCCUGCAAGGAGCGGGAGUGGAUCACCUGCCAGGUCACGUUCAAGGUCUGCUUCCAGGUCAAGGUCAAGAUCCAGAUCAGGAAGCCCUGCUAGAAGUGGAAGUCCUGGAUCUGGAGGUCAAAGGUCACCAGUAAAUUCUAAUGAAGGAAGUGAAAAUGAAGGUGGAGGGUCUGGUGGAGAAGAGAGUGAUUAAAUCAUGUGUUUUCAACAUAAAUGUGACCCCUAAUGCACAUGUAUCAUUUGUAUAUAUCAUUUCAACUGCUAUGUACAGAAUGGUAGUUUAACAUUUAAGAAAGGGAAUUUUUGUAUGCUUGUUGUAACAUAUUGUCAGACUGUUGUCUAAUACGAUAACAUAAGAAUGUUUGUAAUACGAAGAUCCAAGAUAUUGAUUGAGAAAGUUAUUUACAUUGUGUAAUAUUUCAGGUAACAGAUGUGUUGGUUUGUAAUUUUUUUGCUUUGAAUGCAUUAGCUUUUUUAUAAUCACAUUUUGUAUAAUGUGUAAAUAAAUAUAUUUUUCCUAGAAGAAUCAGGAUAGCUUUAGGACAUUAUGUCCUAUCAUUCAUGUAAGUUUUAACAUCAGAAUUUGUAUCAAACUAGAUUUGUCAAUUGUCACAGAUGGCUAUUGUUUACAUUAAACACAUAAGUGGGUGGCAUAAAUAUCCUCACUAAUCGCAAACAGUGUUUUAAAGGAAUUGCGACUUCUCUUGAUUGUCAAUCCAUUCAUUCUUCCAAUCAAAGACAAGCACAAACACCCUGGCAGCAACACUUUUCCUUGAUACAGGUUUUAAGUUUUUUUGCCGAGUGGUUCCUGUUUUGUUCUGAUUUCCUUUAAUCGUUGGAGAUUCGGUGUCAUUUUUACUGGUCCUUAGAAUGGUUAUUGAUUGGGAAUUGUGUUAUAAGCUGUUGACGGUUUCCUAAUGUAAUGACAUCUGUCAACCGGUAAGUCAGCUCUUUAUUUAUAACCAUUGAUAAGUGCUUUUAUUCAGCAAUCCUAUUUUCUUGAAUGUUCAAAACAAAACACAAAAAAUCAGGUCUGAGAAGUAUGUUUAAUUAAUUAUGGAAGACAAUAGGAAUACAAUGGGUUUUUUUUU